AUGGAGGGCCGCCUCUUCGACAAGCCCCUGAACCCGAAUAAGCUCCUCAAGGAGCAAUUCGUAAGCAACCUGACGGGGUCUUCCCUGCUGGAGAUCGCGGCGCUCUCCACCGUCGUGCCGGCAUUGGUAGUUCUCAGAAAGUGGAGCAGCAGAGAUAAUUCUAGGAAGGAUUCAGCAAAGAAAAACGAUGAUCAAGUUCACCCUGUUCGUAAAGAUUGGAUGCAGUACUUCUCUACACUAGGUGUAGAUUAUCUCACUGUUGUAUUGCCAAUUAUUUUGGUUUUCACAGUCUUAUCUGAAUGGGCCUUUACGUGUGCUAUUUCUCUUGUAAUCCUGAUAUCCAUCUACAUCAUGUUUAAAAGGUCUCAGCUUCAUCUUAAAGAUGGGUUCAGUCAGCUGCCUUCGCUCAGGGCAGACAUAUCUUCUUACCGUGUCUCAGUGGUUCUGGUGACAUGUUUGUGCAUAUUAGCUGUGGACUUCAAAAUAUUUCCAAGACGCUAUGCCAAGGCUGAAACAUAUGGUAGUGGCAUCAUGGAUCUUGGAGUAGGAUCUUUUGUAGUGGCUAACGCACUGGUAUCUAGACAAGCACGAAACAUAGCCUCAAUGAGUUUCAAGGCAGCGCUGAGUUCCAUAAGUCCACUGGUAUUUCUUGGCUUUGCUCGCAUUAUCUCCACAUGGGGUGUUGAUUAUCAGGUCCAUGUAGGAGAAUAUGGUGUUCAUUGGAACUUCUUUUUCACCCUCGCAGCUGUUUCUAUCCUUACAUCCAUUGUCAGGAUUCAUCCAAAACAUUGUGGAUUAGUUGGUCUGCUUAUCCUUGCUGGAUAUCAGAUUUGGCUAUUUUCUGGAUUGAAUGAGUACCUCAUUUCUGAUAAAAGAAGUGCUGAUAUAAUCAGCCAGAAUAAGGAGGGCAUUUAUAGCAUCCUUGGAUACUGGGGUAUGUUUCUAAUUGGUGUUUCUUUGGGUUUCUAUCUGUUCGUUGACACUAGUUCAAAGGGCAAGAACAGGAACACUCAAGUCAUGCAAAUCUGGGCUCUUGCCGUAUCUUUUUGGAUUUUGGCAAUCAUCUUUGAUAGCUAUAUUGAGAGAGUUUCUCGGCGAAUGUGCAACUUCGCUUAUGUUAUGCUUGUUUUUGGCCAGAAUUUUCAGGUUUUAUCUAUCCUCACAUUAGCUGGGUUCGCUUCAUAUAAAAAGAACUUGGUUCUUGAAGAUGCAUUCAAUCAAAAUAUGCUUGGUUCAUUCCUUCUGGCAAAUAUCCUUACUGGUCUGGUUAAUCUCUCAGUUAACACGCUCUCUGCCUCUUCCCUCACUGCCUUCAUGAUUCUGUCAGUGUACACCUUUACUUUAUGCAUGGUUACUGGCCUUACCCAUUUUUGUGGUGUUAGAAUGAAAUUCUGGUGA